UUAUUUAUCUAUUUAUCUAUUCUCGAAUAUAUUUAUUAUUUUAUUUUUUUAAAUGGCCGCGGCGCGGAAAAUCAAAACUUUGCUGACGGUGAACAUCCUGGUGUUCGUCGGCAUCGUGCUGUUCUCCGUCUACUGCCGGAUCCAGGACCGAUCCGAGGAACUCGUGCAGCUCGGGCGGUCAGCGGAGGCGCGCGCGCGCACCAGGCAUGGCAAAGUUACCGACACGGACCGGCAGUCCAUCCUACAGAGACUAGAGAGACUGGAGGACGUGGUGUACAACCAGCUGAACGGAGUGUCCAAGGCGAUGGGGCUACUGGAGGGUCCUGGAGGUCUGGGUCAGGGCGGAGCUGCAGCCACCCUCGGGGGUGAAAGUCCAGAAGGAGGAGGCAAAUAUGAAGAGUACGGCUACAACGCCCAGCUCAGUGAGCGCAUCUCCCUCGACAGGAACAUCCCCGACUACAGGCCUAAAAAGUGUAAACUUUUGACAUAUCCUGACGACCUGCCUCAGAUCUCGGUGGUGUUCAUCUUUGUAAAUGAAGCGCUGUCUGUGAUUCUGCGCUCAGUACACAGCGUGGUCAAUCACACACCUGCUCACCUGCUCAAGGAGAUCAUCCUGGUGGAUGACAACAGCGACAGCGUGGAACUGAAGUAUAACCUGGAUCAGUACGUGAAUAAACGUUAUCCUGGAUUAGUGAAGAUUGUGAGGAACUCGAAAAGAGAAGGACUGAUCCGCGCUCGGAUUCAUGGCUGGAACGCUGCUACGGCUUCUGUAGUCGGCUUCUUCGAUGCACAUGUGGAAUUUAACACAGCCUGGGCAGAACCAAUCCUGUCCCGAAUAAAAGAGGAACGCACUCGGAUCAUCCUUCCUGCCAUCGACAACAUCAAAUACAAUACUUUUGAAGUGCAGCAGUAUGCUAACGCUGCUCAUGGCUACAACUGGGGUUUGUGGUGCAUGUACAUCAUUCCUCCUCAGGAUUGGUUGGAUAGAGGAGAUGAGACCGCCCCUAUCAGGACUCCUGCGAUGAUUGGCUGCUCAUUUGUGGUGGAUCGUGAGUAUUUUGGAGAGAUCGGUCUCCUGGAUCCAGGCAUGGAGGUUUAUGGAGGAGAGAAUAUUGAACUGGGGAUGAGGGUGUGGCAGUGCGGGGGCAGUAUGGAGGUUUUGCCCUGUGCCCGAGUCGCUCACAUUGAACGCACAAAGAAGCCCUACAACAACGACAUCGACUACUACGCCAAGAGGAACGCCCUGAGAGCCGCUGAAGUCUGGAUGGACGAGUUCAAGUCCCAUGUCUACAUGGCCUGGAACAUCCCCAUGAAUAACCCUGGCGUGGAUUUCGGAGAUGUGUCGGAGCGAGUGGCACUGAGGAACAGACUGAAGUGCAAGAGCUUCCACUGGUACCUGCAGCACGUUUACCCAGAGAUGAGGAUCUACAACAACACCAUCACGUACGGCGAGGUGAGGAACAGUAAAGCGAGUGGUUACUGCCUGGAUCAAGGCUCGGAGGAUGAUAACAGAGCGAUACUGUACCCCUGUCACGGCAUGUCGUCUCAGUUAGCACGGUACUCUACAGAGGGCCUGCUGCAGUUAGGACCCCUGGGUUCCACCACGUUUUUACCAGAUACUAAAUGUCUGAUUGAUGAUGGGCGGGGCCGAACGCCAAGCUUAAAGAAAUGUGAUGCUGUGUCACGAUCCUCACAGAGACUCUGGGAUUUCACACAGAAUGGUCCAAUCAUAAACAGAGACACCGGCCGCUGUCUGGAAGUGGAGAUGUCGAAGGAAGCCAGUUUUGGGCUGCGGUUGGUUAUGCAGCGAUGCUCGGGACAGAAGUGGAUGAUUCGGAACUGGAUUAAACACCCCAGACACUGAGGGAGCUGGAGAACUCCCACUGUCUCCUCCCCGUCUGUGUGACGCACUGAUGCCUCGGAGCUUGGCCUGCUUAUAGCCGUGUGUGUGUGUGUGUGUGUGUGUGUGUGUGUGUGUGUGUGUGUACAUGUACAUGCUAGGCCCGGACUCCACAUCAGGCGAGACAUUAAAGACAUAAAUAAACAAUCAUAUUUAGGAGUUCAUCCUGGACGAGGAACUUCUGGAGGAACGCACAUUGUGUGAUUCCAAACAGACUGCUGCUGGACUUCAUGAUUUGAUGAUUUACUGCUACAGACUUGUGCACGCCAACACACAACAUUUACAACAGUACGGAUACGUAAAACUCGUCCAGGCUUUUCAAAGCUCUCUACUGCUGUUCUCAACAUCUCCAGCUUUUCUUCUCCUCCCCAUCAUCUUUUCUUCAACUUGUUAACUUCAUCUUCAUCCGUCAUCUUUUAUCCAUUUUCCCACUCCAAUAUCUCCUCUUCAUCUUCUAGUCUCUGCCUUUAUUAUCUUCUUUACUACAUCAUCCGUUAUCCAACUUUUCCUCUGUCAUCUCUUCUCCAUCUUUUUUCCCCAUCUUCGCUUCUCUAUGUGCUUCUCACCAUCGUCUCCUCACCAGCUUAUGAAUCUUGUUUCAUCACUUCAUCAGCUGUCUGGUAAGAUGUCAUGUGACAUCACAACACCAGCUAAGAUACACUUAAAUCAUAAAUGCUAAGCAGCUAACACACACACACACACACACACACACACACACACACACACACAAAGCACAAAAACGCACUAACCAGCUCUGUUCGAAUGCUCAUUAACUGGCAGGAACCCUGCGUUCACACUAGUUCACAACAAGGCCAUGUUUGGUGUGAGUGUGUGACCCAGAGCCUCAAUUCUGCACACAACACCGUUAUUUGUGUUAUCAUUAUUAUAGGAUCAUCACCUGUCUACACGAUGAGCUUUAGUCAGUUCUUUGGACCAAUUCUACAGGUGUGCAGGAGUCCGAGUUCUUCUCCACUAGUGAACGAUUCAUUCAAUUUGAACAAAAAUGAAAAUCAAUGCAAAUGAACAUGAAAACGAUAAUCCAGGUCACGGACUGGUACCAGACCCAGAGGAAGCAUUAAAACAUAUUCAUUUACAUUUUAUUUACAUUUUUCUUGAUUUUCGCAUAUGCUAAAAGAUGCCCACGAUUUCCUGCACUUGUUUCAGUCGCAGUUUUAUUCUAUGCAUCGAUACUUGAAGCUCCCACUGAUUCUACAGUGAGUUCAGUUACAUCUUCAUUAUAUGUUAAAAACUAUUAAAUUAAUAGUUAAAUCCUAUAAUAGUGUAUUAUAUCGAAUACGAGGUGGUAUCAAAAAGAUUUGAGACGGGUUUUGUAACAUGCCGACAAAUGGCGUCACCAGGCUGCACGUACAGUCACAGGGAGCACCGACCUUCGUAAGUCAGUGUGCCAAAAGACAUGGUCCUGUGUACAUCAGGAGCCGUGCGACUGGUGCUCUUCUGACCACGUCUGUGAUUUCAUCAUUCAACAUACUUUAAAAGUGAUUGGACCUGUAGCAAAGAAGAAGCCUCGACUCAAAAGUCGUGUUUUGACAGCGUUAAAGAGAUGCAGCACAAAUCGCAGAAGAAAAGUAGAUUUUCAGGACACGAUCCAGAAGAACACUGGGAGGCGCUGUAUUGCUGUACAAGGCGACUAUUUUAAAGGUGAAAGUGUGAAAAUGAAGAUAAAUAAAGUACUAAACGUUUUUGAUAUCACCUCGUACACAUCCCUCCCACCUGUGACUGGUCCGUGGUGCAAAUAAAUCUGUGGUAUAGUGAUUAUAUGACCUGGGAACAGUGAGUCCGUCUCUGAGAGUGAUUUGUUCGUUUUGUUUUGGCUGCACAUGGACAUCAUUAUUUGUUUGUAACAGCAGUGAUUCACGAAAGAUGAACCAAUCAGAAUGUACUGCGGUUUCAACACUAGAAGUGAAUCAUGACUGGUGUGCACAGCCUACACAAAAUUAACAUAUCACUCAGUCAAAAUCCUUCAGAAUAUGUUCAGAUGUGCGGAAGUAGACAUGCUGAGGGAAUUCAACUCUUAAUUAUGUGACGGUUCAAUUUAUUCUGCUCAAAUGAAUAAAGAUUGGGUCAUUUUGCCGAGGGAGAUUCAGAGAUCCGAGUCGCUAACACGAUCCAGUUAUUAAUCUCUACCCUUUACAUUUCACUUCCUGUCAGGAUCGGACUUCCUGUCUGUAAAUUCACACAAUGUCCAAACACACGGAAUAAAAGUAAAUAAAGUAAAUAACAUUCGGGCUGAAUUGGCCUUUGGGUCACUCAGAAACAGCAGAAAAACCACAGUCGUUUAUUUUCCUGCUUUUGUGAUUGGCAUUUUAUACAAACAACCAAAACAUCGUGACUUUGAUGAAAUGAUCGUUAUGGUUUAUAGUCAAACUUAAUAUCAGAACAACUAACACAAAAACAAACCAAUAAUCAGCCUGGCCAAUAAUCAUUACCUGGCCACUUCAUGCAGUAAUUUGAUGACCUGUAAUCACUAUGAGCUUGUAUGAAUGCAGGGUAACGCUACAAGGCUCCUUUACACCUGUGAAGGACUAAAGUGCACAAUAAAACAAAUGAAUUCUGAUUUUAUUCUGAGAAAACACACAAACUCUAUAACACUAGCCUACAUUCAUAAACAAUAACACACACACACACACACACACACACACACACACACACACACACUACAUCUAUUGAAAUAACAGCAAGCGGAGUGUAAAAAUCAUCCUCAUCACCAGCUAAACCCACAUAUGUGAAAACCUGCGAAAGUCUAAAACAUUUCACAUUCUGCAUCAAUGCGCCAUUCAGUUUCCUUCCUGCAUUUCAGAUACACUCUCUGGUCAAAAGUUUGUUGACCCCCAAGCAUAAGAUUAGUAUGUGUUUUUGAACAUGUGCCCAUUUCAUAAUUGAGUCUUAAUUAGCUGUUAUAAUGAGCUCCAUUCUUCUGGGAAGAUGAUCCACUAGAUUUUGUGGAAAUUCAUUGAGCCACAAGGGUGUCAGUAAAGUCAGGUAGUGAUGUAGGUGAUGUUUAAUAGGGUUAAGUCAGAGGUCUACAGCAGGCGAUUUUCCACUCUAACCCAUGGCAGAUCUUCAGGGACUUGGCUUUGUGUCCUGCUGGAGCAGGUUUGAGUCUCCUAGUUCAAGUGAAGGCAAAUAUUGAAGUCGGGUGUCCAUAUACUUUUGAAGUGUAUAUUUCAUAUAUUGGAUAAACAAAGAGUGUAUUCUCUUGUUCCAUGUUUCAUUCAUCUGUUCAUUCUUUUAUUCAUUCCUUCGUUUAUUCCUUCAAACCCCAGAUGCAGUAAAUCAGAGCUGCUCUUUAGAGUGCUUUAGUUUUGCUCAGCAGAGCCGUGACGUAGCUAUGCAGUUAGCACCAUGGCUAAAUCAGAGGCUUAUGCGUAUUACUCUUUAGCUAAUUUAGCCUCCUAGCCUCAGUGUAAGCCAAGAAGCUGACGUGUUUUAUCCAAUCAAAUGCAUCUAUGCCAUAUCACAUAUCAUCACUUUUCCCAUAGGAGCCAAUAAUACAGAGGCACCGCUUACAGAAACUCACAACAUUUCUGUCAUAAAAUAGAUGAUAGUUCACUACAUCAGCAGGAAACAUACUUAUGAGAUUUUUAUAUUUUAAACCACUCAGUAAGAUGCAGUUAUGUCCACACCAGCAUGUUCACACCAUCACCAUCACCAUCACCAUUAUCAUCAUCAUCAUCAUCAUCAUCAUCCAGGGUGGAGGAGAGUGUUUAUGGGCUUUUCACACUUGAAAUAUUUACCCCUGGAACCUUUAAUAACGCCUGUGUGGCUGAAGGAGCACAAAUCUCCACAAGCACACUCCAAAAUCUAGUGGAACAUCUUCCCAGAAGAGUGGAGGUUAUUAUUACAGCGUUCUGAAGUCCUCACAUUGUUCAUAAAAAAUAAAGAUAAUAAUUACAACAUUAAAUGUAAUUAAAUAAACAUACAUCCUAAAAUGUAUAAACGUGGCGUCCCUGGGGUCUAAACACCGUGUGAUACGACCUUCUAUCGUUAUUCAAAGUCUACGAAGCUCCAAGAUGUUAUUUCCCCUGCAAUAUCGCUCCUCACGUGUCCACCUGGUCACGAGUCGGCCCAGGCUUUUUAUUCACGUCAUCACACUAGAGCAAUAAGUGUGUGGGUGCGUGACGGGGUGGACACGUGUGGUGGUUUAUUCUUCUGGUGUUGAUCAGCUGUUGAUGAUGAUUGGAGAUUAAUGAGACAGCAGUAUGCGAGUGUAUCGCCACGUCUGAAAGGUAGCUAUAGAACGUGCACUCGUUUACUGCCUUUAAAUGAUGCUUUCUGUCGUUCAUCUCAACACGUUUCAUCUCAUUUAAGACGUGGUCCAUUUCAGAUCUUCAGACAUGGAUGCCACAGAGUUCACCGGUUCAAGCGUUUUUUUUGUUGUUGUUUUUUCUGACUGUGAUCAUUACAAUAAAAGGAACAUGAACCUGUAAGAUA